GCGGGGCCACGCCGGUGGUGCCGUGGCUGCGGCCGCCGGCCCCGGUGCCGCCUUCCUUUCCCUCCCGGGGCCGCUCUCCUCACCGUGCCCCCCCUUUGCCCUCAGUGCCGCUCACCCCUCCCGUGCCCGCCGUUCCCCCCGGUGCCACCAUGCCGAGCCCACCCUGCGGGUCCCUGCUCGACUACAAGACUGCCAAGUUCUCGCUGACGCGGAACCGGCGGGUGGGGCUGCUGCACCGGCUGCUGCAGCUGAGCGCGCUCGGCUACCUGCUGGGGUGGGUGCUGCUGCUGCGGAAGGGGUACCAGGAGCGCGACACAGCCCCGCGUGUCGCCGUGGUCACCAAGGUGAAGGGGGCGGCGGUGGCCGAGGCGGCAGGCCGGCGGCUCUGGGACGCGGCGGAUCUCACCUGGCCCCCGCAGGGGGAAAAUGUGCUUUUCCUGGCGACCCACUUCAUCGCCACAGUCCAGCAAGCCCAAGGCACCUGCCCCGAGAGCCCCUCUGUCCUCGACGGGAUGUGCACAGAAGACGCAGAUUGUCCCGUGGGAAACCCUGUGGUUCAUGGCAAUGGCAUAAAAACUGGGAAAUGUAUGAUGUUCAAUGCCACCCAUUCCACCUGUGAGAUCUAUGGCUGGUGUCCUGUGGAGAACAGCACCCUGCCCGGGAAACCUCUUCUGGCUGAGGCAGAGAAUUUCACUCUUUUUAUAAAAAAUACUGUCCACUUCACCAAAUUUAACUUCUCCAAGUGCAACACUUUACAAACCAGUGACCCCAGCUAUUUCAAGAGCUGCACAUACGAUCCAGUCUUCAACCCCUCCUGCCCUGUGUUCCGUGUCCGUGACAUGGUGGAGGCAGCUGGAGAGAGCUUUGGAGACCUCGCGCUGCUGGGGGGAAGCAUCAGAGUUCUUAUCGAGUGGAACUGCGACCUGGACCACCCCGCUACCCAGUGCCAGCCACAGUAUUCCUUCAGCCUGCAGGACAUGAGGUACAAUUUCAGAACUGCCUCCUACUACUGGGGCUCACAGCAGCAGCUCUACAGGAACCUGCUGAAGCUCUACGGGAUCCGCUUUGACCUCUCCGUGCACGGCCAGGCUGGGAAGUUCAGCAUUGUUCCUACCGCCGUGAGCUUUGGCACCAGCAUCGCCUUCUUUGGUGCUGCUACAAUGGUCUGUGACCUGGUUCUGCUCUACCUGGAUGCAAAGGCUGACCUUUACUGGAAGGAGAAGUUUGAGGAGGUUCAUGUGCCAAGCAUGAUUCCAUUGUGGGAAUUCACUGCCCUGGUGAAUCAGGGAGUCACAGGGAAGCCCCUGCAGACCAGGAGAGCUGGCAGCCCUGCCUCAGGCGAGACCUCCAAAAGGUAAGCCCGAGGACACAGCUUAGGGACACCGGGGGUGCUCCACCGCAAACACCUUCCCUCCAGAGCCACCUGCAUCCCCCCUACGAUGGGGACGCGCUGCAGCCCGUGUGGAGGUGGGUGCUGCUAGGGUUAGGGCCUGCCUGUCUUGGAGGAGCACAGGCAGCAGCAGCAGCAGUUUGUGGCUCCUGGAGCACAAAGCCAUCCCUGGGGAAGCUCCCAGCCGCUGCCGGGGCAGAGCUGCCACAGAGCUGCCCCAGGGUGUGCCAGGGAGCAGCCGGGCCUGCCUGCCACAAGAGGCUUAAAGCAUUUUGCAUUUCUCCAUGUCCCAAUGAUCAUGGGCCUUGAUUUCCCUUGGAAAACAGGUAUGCAAUGGAAUAAAGCUGUUCUAGAAGCGGAA